GCAACACCGCGCGCCGGCGCCGCACUUCCACGGCGCAUGCGCGCGGAUGGCCGCCGCACUACGGUUCCCAAGCCGCUCUGCGCGCCGCGGGAGCGGUUGCCUGGAGACGGGGCGAAGCAGCGAUGGAGGCGGCCCCAGGUAAAGAGGACGUGCCAUCAUCUCCAGGGGAACAGGAGGGAGCAGAUGAGAAGCCAGCAGAAGGUGCCCAGGCAGAUCACAGUGGUGUCCAAGAAAGCAAAACUAGCCUUCCAAAGGAAUCGCUAAUUGCAGAGGAAGAAGAGGAAGAAUUGGAGCAAGUGGAAUCAGACGUUGAUCAAAUUCAUGCAGAAGAAGAUGUGGAAGAGCAGCAUGAUCCUGAAGUACGCUCAGAGCCAGAAAAAAGGCCUGAGAAGGUAGAAAAGAAAAUCUCAGAAACUUUCUACUAUAAGUAUGAAGAUUUAUACUCACGGCCAUUUGUCACCGAAGACUCUGGGAUACCAAUUAACCUUCUUACUCUCGAACAUUCUUUUGGAUAUGACUGCAUGAGAACUGUAAACCUGCUGAUGAUGGAUAGCCAAACACUGCUCUAUAUUGCAGGCAACCACGUGGUGCUCCUGGACCUGAAAACUAAAUCUCAGAGUUACCUCCGGAGCAGCAGUGGUGGUGGAAUUGGGGUUAUCACAGCACACCCUACUAAGCAGUACUUUGCAGUAGGAGAAAAAGGAAAGAAGCCAAACCUCAUCAUCUACGAGUAUCCUUCACUGAGGCCCUACAGAAUACUACGAGGUGGAACAGAGGAAGCCUACGUUUCUGCUGAUUUCAACCAUUCUGGCACUUUGCUGGCCAGCGUUGGUAGCAAUCCUGACUACAUGUUGACGAUCUGGGACUGGAAACAGGAAAAGAUUGUGCUGAGGUCAAAAGCUUUUUCCCAGGAUGUUUACAAGGUCACGUUUUCUCCUGAUAAUGAAGAGCAGCUAACUACAUCCGGAACAGGACACAUCAAGUUCUGGAAGAUGGCUCUCACAUUCACUGGGCUUAAGUUACAAGGAGCCUUGGGCAGGUUUGGAAAAACGGCAGUGACUGACGUUAUAGGGUAUGUGGAGCUGCCUGAUGGGAAGGUUAUCUCAGGGGCUGAGUGGGGCAACUUGCUGCUUUGGGAAGGAGGCCUCAUCAAAGUAGAGCUCUGUCGAGCUGGACACAAGCCUUGUCACAGUGGCCCAGUCAGCCAGUUAAUUCUGGAUGAAGGAGAGCUUGUGACUGUUGGAAAAGAUGGCUUCGUUCGGGUGUGGGACAUCGAGACAGUAGAUGCUGCUGAUACUGUGGAUGAAACAGGUUUACUGGAGAUGGAGCCUAUGAAUGAACUUCUGGUUGGCAAGAAUGUCAGUCUGAGUUUCAUGGCAAAAGUUCAUGAUCAUGGACAGCCCAUUUGGUAUGCUCAGGAUGCCAAUGGAGCACUAUGGAAGCUGGAUUUGACUUUUUCAAAUAUUACACGUGAUCCAGAGUGCCUGUAUACCUUUCACUCUGGAAAGAUUGAGGCCGUGAGCGUCUCUCCUGUCACGUAUCUUAUGGCCACCACUGCUCUUGACCGAUCAGUGCGUAUCUAUGAUUUCAUCAGCAAAAGUCAACUGAGUGAAAUUAAGUUUAAACAAGGAGGAACAGCACUGACAUGGGCACCUCGUGUAGUAAAUCCCAAAGGAGGUCUAAUUGCUGUGGGGUUUGAAGAUGGUGUUGUGCGUAUUAUUGAAGUUUAUGAUCCCAAAGGACUGGCUAUUGUGGCAGGACGGACAAAUACAGGGAAGGCAGAGAUGAAUCUGAAACAAGCUUUUAAACCUCACACUACUGCAGUUACAGCCUUGGCAUAUGAGCGAAAUGGAGAUGUGCUUGCUACAGGGAGUAAAGACAAAACAGUUUUCUUUUUUGCUGUUGAAGACAAAUAUGAGCCAAUUGGAUUCAUCUGUGUCCCUGGGCCUGUGCAGGCAUUACAGUGGUCUCCACCUUCCCAUGUGAAGAGUACUCUGCUUGUCCUCUGUGAGAAUGGCUUUGUUCUCCAGGUUCCUGCUCCUCACCCUGAGGAAGAGGGUCCCAUGUCCACCUAUCAAAUCAAAAACUUGCCCACACAGUACUUCCAUUUUUACAGCAUUAAAUCCCGAAUCAAGCUGGAAGAGGAGAUUGCACGUAGAGAGAAAAAAAAGCAGGAGAAGGAGAAAGCAAAGCUUGAAUGGAUAAAGCAGCAACAGGAGAUGGGAAAGCAGGUAGAAGAAGAGCCUGAAGAGGAACCUGAAGAAGAGGAGCCAUUGCCGCCUCUCUACAUACCAGAGGAGCCCAGUCCCAUCCUCUGUGGGUUUUAUUCAACACCAGGGAAAUUUUGGCUUUCCUUGGGCGGGUAUGACUCUGGGUUCCUCUAUCAUUGUGUGUUCUCCUCAGAUGAGUACCACGACAACUUUGAAAACAGGCAAGAUGAACCCUUUGAAGUGAUUCAUAUGGAGGACACUGAUGACAAUCCCAUCCACCAGAUCUCCUUCUGUACCAGCAAACUGUUGAUGUUCUGUGGGAUGCAGAAUGGUGCACUGCGUGUUUAUCCUCUCCGAGAAAAAGACCUCUCAGCAAAUACCCUGAAGGAAUACUGGUCCUUCAGUGUACAUGACAAUGAUUAUGGCCAGAUCCAGGGGAUCUGUUCUAGUUAUGAUGACAGGUUUUUGAUUACCUGUGGUGGAGAUGGAAACAUUUUUGCCUUCAACAUCUUGUCUCCAGAGGAUGUUCACAAAGAGCUAAAAGCCAAAAUCCCCUCUCCAAGGAGUGGCCUUGAGAAGGAGAAGGCUGCUGAAGACAUUGAGGAUCCCAAUGCCUACAGCAUUGAGAAAGCCAAGCAGAAAAAGGAGUAUGAACAGAUAAUGAAGAAAGCUGAAGACAAAAAAAGCAAGAAAAGAGAAGAGUUAAGUGCACUGAGACAUGAGUUUCUUUCUUUGCUUCAAAAGAAUCAGGAGUUGCCAAAGCAUAUGCAGCUGCACAGAGAGCAGUAUGAGAUGGACCAUAGGAUAUUUGAGGAGCUGGAUAGGCAGAUAGCACAGAGAAUCCAGUUGAUGCAAAAGGAGAUGGCUUGGGAGCAGGAGAAACACUUGACUGGAUUGCAAAAAUUACAGAAUCGGUUUCGGGACUCACUGGAAUUUGACGCUGUCAUUGUUCAUGCUAUUCAAAGCAAUCAUAAGAUUUCUACCUAUAGACUCCUAGCAAUCUCUGAGAAAUGCUACCAAGAUAAGCAACGUAGCACAUGGAAGAAGACUGUACUUAAACAAGAAUGGAAAGAGACAGAACAAAGGAAGAUUUUGAGCAAGACAGAGCAUAUGCAAAGGACUACUGCUGCUAGAGUUGUCGAGGGGGAAUCAGAGGCGGAAAAGCUGAAAAAGUCAGAGGUACGAACGGUGACCACACGUCUUAUAGCAAACCAGCGUGAGCAAAUCAAAAGAAUUGUUGAGAAAUCUGACAAGGUCAGAGCUAAGAUCAUGAAGAGGAAGGAGGAGUGGGAAGAACUAUACAAGAACAAACCUACUGAUGACUAUGAGAAUCCCAAAGAUGCUCAGGACAUUGAAGAAGCACAGGAAAAUAUGGGAGAUUAUAAGCUGAAGACUGCUGCUGACUACAGGGUCCCUGAACACAAGCGUAUGAACGCUGAGAAGAAGAUGAUGCAGCUUGCAUCCCUGGAAGUGUUGAUCCAUGAGAAGAAAGCGAAUAUGAACAAGCAGAUCAUGUCUUUGCGGGAUCUCAAGGUUUCUAUUAUUGAUGAAAUCAAGUGUUUAGUGCAAGAACUGAAAUCCAUACAGGCAGCCUUGGAUUUAUCUGAACAGCUCCCUCUUCCCCCAAUCCCUCAGUUACACCCAGAUGAAGUUCCAGAAAAAAAAUUCCAGUUUGACAGUGACAUCCUCCUGAAGUUCAAACAUGAGCAGGAGGCCAAGGCAAAGCUCCAGGAACAGUUGGAAGGGUCUCCAUCAUUUGGUGUUUUCAGGGAAAGGUUUCUUCAUGGUCCUUCCCUCAGAGAGACUGAGCCUGUGACACGGGCCGCAAGUGUGCGCUCGAUGAAAAUAGUAUCAUCUGUGGUCACAGAGCAGCCGAAGGUUUUUGAGAUUGAGAAGGCAGAACCAACAGAAACGGAACUGGAAAUUUUAAAGAGAGAGAAGAUAAGAAACAUAUACUUACAGGAGACCUUGAUUAAAAGGAUCAAUGCGCUGGUGAUAAACUUUGAUGCCGAACUACGCUUCCUGCGACACAUGAAACUGAAGCUGGAUGUGCAGAUGAAAUGUGCUGACCUGUGCCACAUCACGUGGUUUGAAGAGCUGCUUCUCCUGAAGAACUUUGAAAAACAUGAGGACCUUCUGCAGGGGCGUGUUAACACUCUCCUCAGUGAGCAGAAGGCCAUGCAACAGAAAUUAAAUAGCUACCUUGCACAGAUGAAGGAUAGAAAGUAUGAGAUUGCAAAGCUUCAGGACUGUGAGGAAUCUCUUUAUGCCACCUUCCAAGCAUCCCUUGGAGAAAAUAACAAGUUUGCCCGUUUCCUGACCAAAGUUCUGAAGAAAAAAAUCAAGCGCACUAAAAAGAAAGAAGUAAAAAGAGAAGCAGACAAAGAAGAUGAGAGUGAAGAGGAGAGUGAUGAAGAGUCCAGCUUGGAGAGUGAUGAAGAAGAUUCAGGAUCUGAAGAUGAAGUCUUUGAUGACUCCGUCUGCCCGAAGAGCUGUGAUGAGGCACUCUUCCAAAACACCGUCCAGCUCCGUGAAAAGCGAUUAGACAUUGAGGAUGCUUUAACAGAGCAGAAGAAAGUUGCUGAUAACCUCAGAAAGGAAUAUGAUGCCUUGGCCAAAAAGGCAAAAGCAGUGGAAGCCAGCCUGGACACAGCAGAGGGGGAACUGGAGGCCUUUCAACGGGAAAAGCAGCAGAGACUGAAUGAGUUGCAUGUAGUUGUGCCAUUGAAACUUCAUCAGGUGGAGUACUUGGUUAACGGGGGGAUACCCAGUGACUUCUCCCAAGCUUUGGUAUUUACCAACCAGUCCUUGGAGUAUCUGCAGAAGAGAAUUGUGGACCUACAGAAUGAAAAUAUAAUGCAGAGAGAGAUCUUUAAGAAGGCCCGACAGCAACAUAAGCAGCUUGUCCAGGACAAAAAGGAGAUGGAGACAAAGAUUCAACGACUGGAAGAGAAGUGUAAUCAGCUGAUGAUGACAAAGUUUGGCCGGCUGGUUGAUUUAGAAGCACUCCAAGCACACUCAGUUAACACACGCUUGGAAGAGUUGAAGGUGCAAAUGAUGGAGAAAGAGUAUGUGCACUCCCAGGAACUCAAAGAAUGGGAGGAAAAAAUCUUAGACCUGCAGCAGCAGCUAAUGAUGCUGACAAAAGAAAACACCAGCAAGCUGCAGCAGCUGAACCAGUUCUGCCUUGAAAAGCAGCAACUUGAAACUAAGCUGGAUUCACUAAAGAAUGAUCUGGGAGCAGAAUUUCAGGGCCCCCGAAGUACUGACACCAUGGAGAAAGACAGGUUGCAGUCAGUGUUCAACUGCAUGGCUUAUGAGACAGCACUCCUAGAAGAAGAAAUCACUCUCCUAAGCAGAAAAGAUGUACGUCUAAGAGAAGAACUCGCUCUCCUUAGCAGAAAAAAUGGGUACCUCUUUCUCCAGCCUUCACCUUCACAGGACUCUGAGACACCAACUGAAACAUUCCCUAUUUCUACACCUGAAAGGAUAUCUAGUGGUCAGAGUGCCCCUUAAACAUGGAGAUAGUUAACCGUGGAGGUAAUAUUCCCCGUGAGUGUGAAAGGAACUGCUUUGGCUAUGCAGGGGUUUAGUGGUAAAGGUUUAUAUUUGUUUCCCUUUGCAAAAUAUGAUUGUAGUGACAAAUAGGGAAUAAAAAGAACAAAUACAA